AUGUAUCUCCAAAAGAACAAAGAAAAUUACCCUGGCUAUGUGGAAACCGGGAAUCACGAGAAAUUCGAAUGCAACACGUGCGACUACCAAUGCCAAAAACGUAAGCGCAUGAAAGCACACAUGUUGGUCCACAAAGGUCCAUCGGAAACGACGAUGUACCCGUGCUCUGUCUGCUCCUUCCGAACGAAAUACAAACAUUAUCUAGGCCAGCAUAUGAAGACUAUCCACGGCCCGGAUGCUGACGCACCGAAAAAGUACCCGUGCACAAAAUGUUCCUUUCGUAACAACAGCCGACACAGGUUGCGCGUCCAUCAGCUGACACACUUGGACAUCGCCGAUAAAUUCAAGUGCGAGCAUUGUGAUUUCGAAUCGAAAAUCAAGUACUUCGUCGAUAGACACUUGUGCAGCAACAAGCCCGUGGAACGGCCGUUGUACCGGUGCAGUUUGUGUUCUUACACGUCCAAAUUGAAGACCGGAGUUUACAACCACAUGACAGUCCACAAGAAACCUUCUGAAACCAACAUGUACGAAUGCGAGUUAUGUCCGUACAAGUCAAAAUGGCCGCACUGUCUGCGCAACCAUCUCAAAACGCACAAAACGGAAGAAGUUCCUGUCCACAAGUGCGAACAUUGCGACUUCCAAGCGAACAACAAGUACAGCGUGAGAACGCACGCGCAGAAACACGAUGGGCCGCGCAAGAAGAAGAUACAUCAGUGUGAUGUCUGCGCAUAUCAGUGUCUGAGUAAGCGGCAACUCGGGAAGCACAUGGAAACGCAUAAAGCGCUGUCGGAAAGGCAAUGGUUCGCUUGCGCCCAGUGCGACUACAAGACCAUAGAGAAGAUAAAUUUAAAACGUCACGUUAUAUCUUCAGAGGAGCCUUCUUACUAUAACAGAGACGACGGAUACCACAAAAAUGAAUUGUGGGACGGCAAAAUUCUCGAUGUGAAAAAAUCACCAAAGAAGCGCAGCCAAAACAAAAGAUUCGUCUGUGACACUUGUCAGUAUCAAACCGAUUCGUUAACAACAAUACGCAAUCAUAUUCGGUCGCACAAGAAAUUAUCAGAAGUGAAAAACUACAAGUGUCCCAUAUGUCCUAAGAGAUCCAAGUAUAAAGCUUCUGUGAAGGCUCACAUUCAAUCAAUUCACCGAGAUCCAAAACUGUCCAAGCCCAAAAAGUUCUCUUGUGGCAACUGUGACUUCACAGCGAAGCAGUUAUAUGGUUUGAGAAAACACAUGAUUACGCAUUCUGAGUUCGCCACGGAGAAAAAAACCAAAAUUGACUUCUACAAGUGCGAGGUCUGUGACUUCAAAGCGACAAGGAUAUGUUUAGUAAAGAAGCACCAGAAUAUCCAUCUACCACCCUCUGAAGUGGAACUGUAUAAGUGCAAACUGUGUCCUUACACGUCCAAAUUCAAGAACGGUGUUUUUAAACACAUGACAGUCCACAAGAAACUUUCUGAAACCACCAUGUACGAAUGCGAGGUUUGUCCUUACAAGUCAAAAUGGUCGCACUGCCUUCGCAACCACCUCAAAACCCACAAGAAACGACAAAAAUUCCAAUCGUCAGAAGAAUCUGCUAACUUUAACAGAGAUGAAGGAUACCACAAAAAUAGUUUGUGGGAUGGACAAAUCUUGAAAGCGAAAAGAUCCUUAAAAACGCGCAGCCAAAAUAAAAAAUUCCUCUGCAACACUUGUCAGUAUCAAACCGAUUUUUUACAUGAGAUACGCAAACAUAUUAUUUUAAAUCACAAAAGCUUGUCAGAAGUGAAAAGCUACAAGUGUUCCUUGUGUCCGAACCCGAAGAGAUUCAAGGCCAAUCGAAAUCUUCAACAACACAUCCACUUUGUUCACGCUGAUCCUGCAGCACGAAAAAAGUUCUCCUGUGGCAACUGCAAGUUUGAGACUAAUAAAAAAUCUACUAUGAAAUGUCACAUGAUAACGCAUUCAGAGUUUGCCCCAGAGAAAAAGCCCAAAAUUGAUUUUUACAAAUGCGAAGUCUGUUCCUACACGGCGACAAGAAAAUGUGCCGUGCAAAUGCACCAGAAUAUCCACCUAUCACCUUCUGAAAUGGAACUGUACAAGUGCGAAUUCUGUCCUUAUACGUCCAAAUUCAAGUACGGAGUUGCCAACCACAUGACAGUCCACAAGAAACUUUCUGAAACCACCAUGUACGAAUGCGAGGUUUGUCCUUACAAGUCAAAAUGGUCGCACUGCCUUCGCAACCACCUCAAAACCCACAAGAAACGACAAGUUCCCGUUCACAAGUGUGAACAUUGCAACUUCAAAGCGAACAACAAGUACAGCGUUGCCACCCACAAAAAAAAGGCACACAAGGAACUGUUCAAGAAACCGAAGGUGGAACACCGUUGUGAUCUAUGCGAAUUCAAGUGCAAGACUACAGGUGAACUAACCAAGCACAAAGUGGUUCAUAAAAAACUAUCAGAUUCGGAAAUGUUUACGUGCGAUAUGUGCGGGGUGAAAAUCAAGACCAAGAGCCAAUCGUCAGAAGAAUCUGCUAACUUUAACAGAGAUGAAGGAUACCACAAAAAUAGUUUGUGGGACGGCCAAAUCUUGAAAGCGAAAAGAUCCUUAAAAACGCGCAGCCAAAAUAAAAAAUUCCUCUGCAACACUUGUCAGUAUCAAACCGAUUUUUUACAUGAGAUACGCAAACAUAUUAUUUUAAAUCACAAAAGCUUGUCGGAAGUGAAAAGCUACAAGUGUUCCUUGUGUCCGAACCCGAAGAGAUUCAAGGCCAAUCGAAAUCUUCAACAACACAUCCACUUUGUUCACGCUGAUCCUGCAGCACGAAAAAAGUUCUCCUGUGGCAACUGCAAGUUUGAGACUAAUAAAAAAUCCACUAUGAAAUGUCACAUGAUAACGCAUUCAGAGUUUGCCCCAGAGAAAAAGCCCAGAAUUGAUUUUUACAAAUGCGAAGUCUGUUCCUACACGGCGACAAGAAAACGUGCCGUGCAAAUGCACCAGAAUAUCCACCUAUCACCUUCUGAAAUGGAACUGUACAAGUGCGAAUUCUGUCCUUAUACGUCCAAAUUCAAGUACGGAGUUGCCAACCACAUGACAGUCCACAAGAAACCUUCUGAAACCACCAUGUACGAAUGCGAGGUAUGUCCUUACAAGUCAAAAUGGCCGCACUGCCUUCGCAACCACCUCAAAACCCACAAGAAACAACAAGUUCCCGUUCACAAGUGUGAACAUUGCAACUUCAAAGCGAACAACAAGUACAGCGUUGCCACCCACAAGAAAAUGGCACACAAGGAACUUUUCAAGAAACCGAAGGUGGAACACCGUUGUGAUCUAUGCGAAUACAAGUCCAAGACUACAGGUGAACUAACCAGGCACAAAGUGGUUCAUAAAAAACUAUCAGAUUCGGAAAUGUUAACGUGCGAUAUGUGCGGGGAAAAACUCAAGACCAAGAACCUACCUUCGACCACAGAACAUAACAAUAACGAGUACGGAUACAGAUUGAACAAACGAUGGAAACGUGACACCUCCGGUGAGCCCCCAAACAAGGAGAAAAGAUUGAUCUGCUGCUCGUGCGAUUACCAACAUAACCUAGCUGGUCGCAUGCGAAAACACCUGGUAGUACACUCUGCCGAAAAGUCACACAAAUGCAGCCAGUGCCCCAUGAGAACGAGACACAAAUGGUGUUUGCGGGAGCAUAUCAAGUAUAUGCACAGCGAUCCUAACGCUCCAAAAGCGUACAGCUGCGAAUCUUGCGAUUUCAAAACCCACAGGAGAGAAACCCUUAGAAUUCAUUCGAUCACCCACAUAGAAUUUGGCUCUGAAAAAAAGCCCGACAAAAUAGAUUGGUACAAGUGCGAGAUUUGCGAUUUCAAAGCGAAGAAGAAGUUUUUCGUCGACCGCCACGUGAACAUUCACAGACCACCAUCCGAAAGGGACGUUUACAAAUGCGAAUUGUGCCCUUACACGUCCAAAUUCAAGGGAGGCGUUUUUAGUCACAUGACUGUUCACAAGAAGCCUUCGGAAGCCACCAUGUACGAGUGCGAGGUUUGUCCUUACAAGUCAAAAUGGCCGCACUGUUUGCGCAACCAUCUGACAACGCACAAAAAAGUCCCUGUUCACAAGUGUGAACAUUGCGACUUCAAAACGAACAACAGGUACAGCGUUGCCACCCACAAGAAAACGGUACACAAGGAACUAUAUGGGAAGCCCAAGAAGGAGUACAAGUGCGACAUCUGUAAUUACAUAGGAAAAACAUCUAGCUGUCUUGAUAGGCACAAAAUUGUUCACAAGACAAUGUCCAAAGAUGAAAUGUUCACUUGCGCGAUAUGUGGUAUGCAGACGAAAGUAAAAAGGUCCUUGCGUCACCAUAUUCUCAAAGUGCAUGGCUUUUUAGAAAAGAACAAACAUUCUACUGAAUAAAACCUUUUUGUUAUUUCUCAGUUGAAACGCGUUAUGGUAUAUUUUUAUAUUUGUUUCAGUUAUUGAUUGUUAUUUAGUCUAGGAUUCACCUCUAAUUAACCUUGAGACCACAUUCAAGUGGGACCAUCAAAGCAACAGGUCUUCCUCAACAUGGCGUUUGUACAAUUGCUGUUUUGUUUCAGCACACGUCCUUUCCUUACCCCACAAAAAGGCGAAAUAAAGUUGGCUUUCAACGUAAACAAGAUGUGGAAGCCUAGAACCGGUAAAUCUCCGCAGCAAGAAAAGAAAUACGUUUGCAGCGCGUGUGGCUACCAAAACGAUCAUUUCCCUCGCAUGCAGAGACAUCAGUUAGUCCAUUCUGAGAAGCGGUUCCAGUGCGACAAAUGCCCAAUGAAAACGAGAUACAAAAGUUCUUUGCAGAAACAUGUAGAAACCGUCCAUAGGGACCCCAUCAGUACUGUCAACACGCUCGCUUGUGACGUGUGCUCCUUUAAAACGCACAGCAACGAAUCGCUACGACGUCACAUGAUCAGCCAUACCGCUGGACCAAAGAAACUGAAAGUGGAAGUUUACAAGUGCGAGCUCUGUGAUUUCGAAUCGGAGAAGAAAUGUGUCGUUCUAAGUCACGUAAAUAUCCAUAGACCACCAUCCGAAAGGGACGUUUACAAAUGCGAAUUGUGUCCUUACACAUCCAAAUUCAAGGGGGGCGUUUCUAAUCACAUGACUGUGCACAAGAAGCCUUCGGAAACCACCAUGUACGAGUGUGAGGUUUGUCCUCACAAGACAAAAUGGCCGCACUGUUUGCGCAACCAUCUC